AUGCCUUCCCAAUUAGGUUGGAUCUGGCCCAAAGACCCACGCCCCGGCAAUCCACAACACUGGCCACGCCGCUGGCGCAUCUUUGAUGUCCUAACGAGCAAAGGGCCGGACAUCUACGUGGGCCGCAUCGACCAGCCCAGAACCAAGACCAGAAGGGCAUACCCUACCGGACCUACAAGACAAGGCUGGUCUCGAUGGGAGUUCCCCAACGACCCUGAACCGGACUACAGCCCACUACCCUGGGCACGGCGGCCGGCGGGGGAGCGCUAUGAUUUUCGCACGAGGAAGUACCACGUUCCAGACCAUGGAACAUGGAGUGAUGUUGAGUAUUGCAAUGGGCGAAGGGCUCGGAGGGGGAAUGGGGCGGGAGAGAUGAGGCGCAUUGUGUACCGAGGCGAUAUUGGGAUCGGAAGGGGGAUGAGUAUCCAGCGGAUUUCUGGCAUGAUACCAUUUAUGGCAAUCACAGGGAUUGAAGGGAAUACACAGGUUGGAAAAAUGUGGUUGAAAGAAAAGAAGAGAGAUGAAUAUGGGGUGAUGGGAGGGUGA